UUUCGUUUUAUAGGUAUCACCGGGAAUCACAACAUAUAUACGACAAUACAACCGCUGAUUUUAUUUUAUUUUGUUUGAAUAAAUAAUCGUAAUUUUAAAAGAAUACAAAUAAAUGAACUAAAAUGUCUGAACGAGAUUAUGCACCAUUGAGCAUAGCCUGCGUCCGUGGGCUAUGUGACAAAAUUUACGAUAAGAGAAAAUUUGCUGGUGUUGAAAUUGAAAAGAUGGUAAAAGAUUUUAGUGAUACGAACAACACAAGUCAGAUUAAGCGGUUGAUUCGAGUUCUCGGCCAGGACUUGAUGUCUUCUACAAACCCCAAUGUGAAGAACGGCGCUCUAAUGGGACUGUCUUCGGUUGCUGUUGGACUGGGAAAGGGCUGUGUUAACUAUCUACCUGAACUGACCCAUCCAAUAAUAGCUUGCUUUAGUGAAAGUGAGUCCAGAGUACGAUAUCAAGCUGCCGAAGCUCUAUUCAAUGUUCUGAAGAUAGCACGUGGGGACUCCUUGCCUCAGUUUCCGAUUGUGUUUGAUGCACUCGCAAGGCUUGCUGCAGACCCAGAGCCUCAAGUUAAGCAAGGGGCUGAGCUUUUGGAUAGACUAGUUAAGGACAUAGUGACAGAGUCAUCGUCGUUCGACCUGGCGGCGUUUGUACCAAUGUUGCGCGAGCGCAUCUAUACACGGAAUGCAUUCGGGCGCCAGUUCAUCGUGUCGUGGGUGUCAGUGUUAGACGCGGUACCCGAUAUUGACCUCAUUGUGCACCUGCCUGAGCUGCUCGAUGGACUGUUCAAGAUGCUUGACGACGCCAACUCGGAAAUCAGGAGGAUGUGUGACGUGCAACUGAGUGAAUUUCUAAGAAGUAUAAAGAAGGACCCGUCGCGUGUUGAUUUCCAAGCGAUGAUCAACAUUCUCAUUACGCACGCGCAGUCGCCGGAGGAGUUAUUGCAGCUGACGGCCAUCACGUGGAUCAAGGAGUUCGUGGAGCUCGCGGGCGGCGGAAUGUUGCCGUACGCGUCGGGCGUGCUGGCCGCCGUGCUGCCCUGCCUCGCCUACUGCGACGAUCCGCGCAAGAACAUCCGAGAAACUGCAGCCACAGUUAACUUUCAAUUAACAAAGCUGGUUGUAUCCGAGGGCACCGACCCACAAGCUGCGGAUGGGGACAAACCGCAAUCAGAAAGGGACAGAGUUGUGGAGGGCGAGGGCGAUACAGAAGACGAGAGGAAGGGCGAGGGGGAGGGCCGACUAGAUCUGCCCGCAGUGGUGGGCGUGCUGACGCAGAUGCUGCACCACAGCUCCGUGCACACCAAGGUGGCGGCCCUGGACUGGAUACUGCACCUGUACAAUAAGUUGCCGAACGAGAUGUUCGCGGCGACGGGCGCGGUGUUCGUGGGCGUGGUGGGCAGCCUCACGGACGCGGCCGACGACGUGGUGCGGCGCGCGCUGGCCGUGCUGGCCGAGAUCUGCUCGUGCCCCGCCGCGCACGCAGGUGAUUUGGAGUCUAGUCCAUACUACUACAAGUUCCUACAAGCCUUGCUGAGGCUACUCGCGGCCGACGAUAAUUUAUUGGAAGAUAGAGGAGCGUUUAUUAUUAGGCAGCUGUGCGUGCUGCUGAACGCGGAGGACAUCUACAGGGCGGUGUCACGCUGCCUGCUGCAGGAGCGCAACCUGCGCUUCGUGGCCACCAUGGUGGACGUGCUCAACACCAUCCUGCUCACCGCCGCCGAGCUCUACGACCUGCGCCUGCAGCUACGUUCCUUCGACAAGCCGGCGACGCACGCGCUGUUCGAGGGGCUGUACGCGUGCUGGUGCCACAGCCCCGUGUCGCUGCUGGCGCUGUGCCUGCUCACGCACAACUACGCGCACUGCAACGCGCUCAUAGCCACCUUCGGUGAUUUGGAGAUCACUGUGGACUUUCUGACUGAAGUGGACAAGCUGGUACAGCUCAUCGAGUCGCCGAUAUUCGCAUACAUGAGGCUGGAGCUGCUGGGCGCGGGCGGCGGCGAGCUGCGCGGCGCGCUGUACGGGCUGCUGAUGCUGCUGCCGCAGACCGACGCCUUCCACGCGCUGCGCAACCGCCUGCAGUGUGCGCCGCCACCAGCACCGGCACCGGUAGCAGCAGCCGCCCCGCCCGCCGCGGCCGCGCCGCCCGUCGACUUCGAGCGGCUGCUGCGCGAGUUCGAGCGCGUGCAGGCGGCGCACCGCCAGUACCGGCUGCUGGACCGCGGCCGCGGCAAGCUGCACGACGCCGCGCUCGCGCUGCGCUACUCCUAGUGCCGCCGGCACCGCCUCGCACCACACCACACCACACCACACCACACCACACCACACCACACCACACCACACCACGCCACGCCUGCCAUAUUGAACGAACAAAUACAAUAAAAAUAAAUCAUACUGAUUUGUAUACAAGUCAAUUAUAUGAGCAUUUUUUAAUAAUAUUUCUUAUAAAACUACCGGCCAGUUUCAAAUGCAAUAUUAAUUGUAAAGAACAGUCAUGUUUUUAUGAUUCGGUUAUAUAAAAAUACGCCAAAAAAUAAUGUUAAAUACAGUGCAAUUGGUACAAAACCCAAUUUGGACAGGAAGACAAGCCGAGACUGUUUAUUAAAUAAACCAAGUAUAUAAAAAAAUAUGCUUAUACUAUUCUUUAUCAACUCGAUAAGUAUGUUUUUUAUAUUUUUGUAAAUACAAUCAACUAUUAGAUAAGUCUAUAGUUAACUUUAUUAUAUUUAUUAGAUAAAUAAUAAUGUUAUUAUUAAUUAGUAAAAUAUGUAUAAAAUAUGUAUAAAAAAUAAAAUAAAACAUUUUGUUUAUAUAUACUUCAUUCUCUAAACUUUUUAAUUUAAUCGACUCAUUUCUUACUAUUGCUAUUUUGAGUUUAGUAUAAAUUAUUUUAAAUACAUAAUCUUCGAAAAGACUGCUCGAGCUGUCAGACCAAGACGCCGCUCACUUCAGUCCUGUCUUGACCACAACGUAGUGCAAUCCACGUCGAAACGUCGGCAGUAAAGAAGCAGGUAUGUAGGUACUAUUCACCUGUAAAAGCUUUCACAUCGCGUUAACUCCCGAUUGUGUAUUUAAAAUAUGUGUAAACAACGCGAUAGUUUAAAAUCAACUAUUUUAAUACAGUCACACCUUGGUUCACCAAAAGAUAUAAACAAAACAAGUAGUUUGACGAGUCUUUUUUUUAUUUCAUCACAAAACUUUUUGCUCUAAGGAAAAAUAUAUAAAUUUUGAUUUAUUUUUUUUAUACAACUUAGAAUGGCGAACAAGCUGACGGCCCACCUGAUGGAAAGUGGUAACCGUCGCCUAUAGACAUGAGCAGUACCAUGGACAUAACAGAGUAUACUGUUUCGCCCAUAAUACCCGCCAUGCGUUACCAUUCCUGAGGACUCAGGUGUUAUUUUUCUGUACCGUAUAAAUUCACGCCAUAUCCCACUCUUCAAACCGAAACACAGCCAUGCAAACACAAGUGAAGCAGUCACGGUAGAAAUAUUAUGUGAUAGUCGUGUGCUUUUAUAGUGUGUGGGCGGAAAAUGAGCUUGGUGAACAGAACUGUUGCUCCCUAACAGGUCGACCUCCCCGUGGUCCCCCCUGGAAACCAUCGUGCUGAAUUCCAAGUGUAUUCAUCGCGAUGGGCUAACUGACCUGCCUUUUCAUCCUCAUCUGUCACCCCUCACUGUUGCUCCGCCAGCGUAUACCGUUAGCGCAGGCGGGGUUACCAUACCAUUUACACCCAUCAAAAAAAAAAAACAGAACUGUUGCUUUCGACCUGCUUAUAGUAGAAACGGUUAUAAAAUCUCCAUGAGAAAGAAAUAGGCUAUACUGUAUUUCACACAAUGUGCUCGGUAAGGUAAAAAAAACCAAAUGUUACAUUUAUCACAUUUUGUUAAUUUUAACUUUCAAAAAUCAAUACUCAUCAUCAUAUCGGCCUUUAACUGUCCACUGCUGAACAUAAGCCUCCCCCUUGUGGGGAUUUACCAGUAGUUGCUACGCUUGGCAACCGCAGUCAGGCUUUAGAGACGUUUUAAGAGGGACGCCGCUGCCUAUCCCUCGCCCUCUCUUAAUUGCCUCUUACGACACCCACGCGAAAGGAAGCGAUGGCUUAUUCUAUGCCGGGACCAAACGGUCAUUAAUCAAUAAUCAAUAAAAAAAAUAAGCACUGUUGAAAAUGAAAUUUUAAACCCAAUCCCUAUAUAAUUAUUGUGCAAAUUGGAUUGUAUACAUAAUUAGAUUAAAACAAAUACUGUCGCUUGUGUACCCGUCUCGUCUGACUAGAAUGGAUAUUCGCAGAAGAAACAAAGUAACCGACAUAGACCAAAGGAUAGCAAGCUGAAGUGGCAGUUGGCUGCUCAAUAGAACCGAUAACCGAUGAGAAAGAAAGGUUCUUGAAUGACGACCUUGUAUAGGCAAACGCAGUGAAGAACGACCCCCCCCCCUCCACUGUAUGGAGUGACGACGUUAAAUGUAUGUGGGACAUAAAAAGUACACUUUAUAACUAACAAAGCCUCACAUUCCGUCUACGUGCCUGAUGUCGCUAUGAAUGUAAACACAAAUUUCGUAAGUUCCAAAAUAUAAUUAUCAAUUCUAACCACAUCAAUAAGGGGGAAAGGAAUUGUUAGUAAUGGAGACUGAGAAUCCCAUUGCUAGCAAUAUACCCAACCAGGUCGACCUACUCGCUGUUCCCCCUGGAAACUAUCAUGGUUAAUUCCUGAUGAAUUCAUCAUGAUGAGCUAACUGGCCUGUUUUCAUUCUCAUCUAUUACCCUUCACUGGUGCUCCGCCAGCGUAUCCCGUUAGCGUAGGGGGGUUACCAUACCAUUUUCACCCAUCAAAAAAAAAUUGACACUAAUGUAAAAUUUGUAAAAUCAGUAUUAUGAAUGAAUGAAUGAAUGAGUAUACUUUAUUUCCAUUAUACAAUUUAGGGGACAAGCAACACAAUAAAUAUAACGAUGCAAUGGUAUAAGUACAGUAAGGCGGUCUUAUUGCUGAGAGCAAUCUUUUCAAGACAACCUUAAGGUAAUGAACUAAUUGUUGUACAAGUAGGUAUUGUAUGUAUUAAUUGUAUCUACCACUGUAUCUAUUCAAAUUACAUGUAAACGACAUGUGAAUCUGAUCGCUUUUAACCGACUUUAAACAGAAGGUAGUUCUCAACUCGAUCGUGUGUUUGUUUUUGUUGGUUACCUCAUAACUCGCAUCAGUUCUAGACCGAUUUGGAAACAUCUUCUUUUUUUUUUGUCUAAAAAGAUAUACUUACAAAGUGGUUUUAUACAUUUUAUUUCAAAAUCUGUUUAGUAGUUCAGUUUUUUUAGUGAAAUAACUGGUUUUGUCACAAUUGAAGUCUGUUUUUUGUACGAUACAAAUUUUAAUUAUAUCCUUGUAUAUUAUUGUAUGAAAACAUUGUAUUUAUUGUACGUUAUUGUAAGAUUAGAACUAAGUACCUACAAGGAAUUACAUAGAAGGAGUGAUAAAAUUGUCAAUUCAUAGCAGCCUAGUGUAUAGAAAAUGUUAUACGGCCGUAUAACCCUACCAAAUUCAGAUACAAUCUGCUUGCAUACUUUCUACAUAAACUGUGUCCAAUAUAUAAUCUAGUAAUGUAAAAUUUGUUAUUGUCAAAUAUUUGACACAUCAAACAUUUUCUAUACACUAGCAGCAGGCUAUGAAUUGAGAAAAAUAGCGACUGAUGGUGUAUCUUUUAAACUCUUGAUAUUUAUAUGUGCAUAAGAAGAAAGGAGGCAACCAUAUUGCUAUUGAUUAGAUGCUGUUUCUAAAUUUAAGUUGGUUAUAUCAGCCCGGUAUAUCUAACACUGUGUUGAUUUCCAAAGACGGCAGACUUAAGUAGACAUAAUAUGUCGUUAUACCGAUUUCUAUCUAAGGCUUAUAAAUUUGUAUGUGUAUAUAUAUAUAUAUAUAUA